AGAUUAGGUGGAACCUUUGAUUUGCUUGGUUUGGAUCUUUAUUGUCCAAGAUUGGGUGUUGUGAUGGAGGAUGUGUAGUCAUACCCGGUACUAUAUGAUUCUUGUUAGUGAAACCUAGAUUGUUUAUUUUUUUAGAUAUAUAUGAGAUGCCUAGUUUUGUAGAUAAUUAUGAGAUGUUGAGUUUUGUAGCUAUAUCUGAGAUGUUGAGUUUUUUUAUAUACAUAUUAGAUGUUGAGUUUAUUUGAAAUAUGAGAUGUUGAUUUACUUGAACACAUAUGACAUACGAGAUAUAUAUGAGAAUUUACAAUCAUUUAUUCAUUGUGUGAGAAGGAGAUGUUGAGAUUCUUGUAGAUGAAUACAUAUGAGAUGUUUAGAUGAACACAUAUGAAAUGUUGCGUGUAUACCGAUAUUUAAGAUGAACUCAUAUAUGUUUAUUAUUUGAAAUUUGUAAGGAUGGUUUGGCUUCUCGAUGAUGUCUACGACACGAAACACCGGGCCUACAUGAUGCGCGAGAAGGAGAUGAAGCUUGAACCUCUGAAGAUUCGGUAUCACGGGGUCUCUGGUCCUGCCAUGCCUUACGAUGAGCGGUACACACCGUACAUCAAGCAGGCAGGACUACUCCCGUGGAUUCAGUUGGUCAGCUGGUCCACGCCGAAUUUGAACGCUCCACUGGUGUCCGCUCUUGCUGAUCGGUGGAGUCCGGAGAUGCACAGUUUCCAUCUUCGGACUGGGGAGAUGACCGUGACGCUUGAGGAUGUCUCGUUGAUCACCGGUCUUGCUAUCGACGGGAGGCCUCUCUGUAUGAGCACCGAUUCUGAUGGGUGGCGCGAGCAGAUGAUUGCUCUUAUCGGUAUGGCUCCUACCGAGGCUGAGGCUGAGGUAGAGGAGGGAGAAGAGAAGAAGAAGAGGGAAAGUAAAGCAACCGGAGCUGCUUUCACGUGGAUUCAAAAUAACUUUGCGACGUGCCCCGCGGAUGCCACUGAUGAUGUGAUCCAGACACAUGCUCGUGUCUAUAUGUGGUACGUUGUCUCGAGGACUUUGUUUCCUGACUCCACGGGCAAGAACGCUCCAUGGAUGUGGCUGAAGGCGUUGACUGUCUUCGAUAGCAAAUGGAGCUGGGGUUCAGCGACUCUUGCGUACUUGUACCGACAAGUAGUUGGUUUGUUUUGUUAUCAACUCAUUUCUUCAUUACCAAUGCAACCUUGCUGUCAACUUAACAUUGUUUUUCUUUCAUAUGCAGCUGGACGAUGCGUGUUGCAGGAUCACAAAUAGUGCAGGCAUUGGUGGUAAUAUGCUUCUACUUUCUGUAUGAAGCUGGGAGCGUCUGCCUGUUGGACGCCCGAAGAGCGUCAGGUUUAAUCCUUGGUAUGAAGAUGAAGAUGACGAAUUACAGCGCCCCCCUUGGGCUUACAAGUGGGAUGUGGUUUCCGAGAUGACGAACGAUGUCAAUCUCAUGUACCAAAAGUACAUUGCCGAGUUGGACACGAUUACGCCUGAGCAGGUAACGAGGUCAUUACUUCAGUCAUUUCUCAUGCUUGCCUGAAAAAAAGUCACUAAUUUUGCAUUGUUGCCCUAUUUCAUAGGUGGUAUGGCAGCCAUAUGGCGCCGAUGACAGACUUGGGUACACCGAGGAGUUUUCCAUCAACCCGAUGUGCUUGCGGGAUAGGGAUCUCUAGCUUAUGCGGUGCCCACUGAUAUGCAACUGGGCGGUUGAGUUUCAUUUGCCACAUCGCGUGUUUCGUCAGUUUGGUCUGUUCCAGGCUCACCCGCUGGAAUGGGUGGAUACGGACAAAGCACUUCAUAGGUUGGACAGGAAAAGGCAACGGAAGAUAAAGGACCGGGACAAGCAUCAUGCUUCGUAUGUUACCCGCUUCCAUCUUUGUGUGGAGCAAGCUCGUAGCAGUGCACGCGCCCAGCUUCGUGAGCAUAACUCACUUGCUUUUGAUAACUACAUACGAUGGCUUCUUGAAAAUACUCGAGUUGAGAUAUGCCCGCAGGCAUAUAAUGAGGAUAUUCUUGAAGAACCCGUAAACUUUGAGGAGCUAUCAAAGGGGAAGUACAACAGAGAUGUCAGGGCAGGGCAAGGAGUCCCUGCUGUUCCGGUGAUUAACUAUGUGGUAAAGUGUGAAGGAAAUAUACCCUAGAGGCAAU